GUCGAAACAUAGCGCGUCUGACUGCCGGUUCGUUUUUCACGGAUUUUCCGCACGAAUUUCCACACCAGUUUAUAGUUCGUCGGUAUCGGAAAACAGUCCUGUUUUCUCAGUAGAAGCUAAUUUUCAACCUUCUGCUCCUUCAAAUCAGGGUGCUUCUUCCGGCUGAAGAAGAUGCCGAGACAUAAACCCGCCCUCAUACUUUUUUGCUUGGGCCUUUUGGUUUUGGGCGCCUUUCCUUCCAGACAGUCUGCUCUACCAGAGAAUAAGAGCUUGAGGUCGCAACGACAUCAUCGUGAUGUAUUCUCAACUGAUGAGCCUGAAACAACCGUGCGUCCUUUGUUGGAAAAUGAUCCGUGUCUUUCGCACUAUUGUCCCUCAGGAAGAGACUGUAAACUGCGAGCAAACACUCCAGUAUGCGAGUGCUCAAAAAAGUGCAUUCCGCAUCAUUCGAUUUGUGCUUCGGAUGGAAUGGUUUAUCCCAGUCAUUGCCAUAUGCAUAGCACAGCGUGUACUGUUCGAAAGAGGCUGAUCCAGAUGGAUGCCAGUUUUUGCCAAAAACGCGAAAAAACUGAGCGAGAUUGGAUAAGCGAGAAAAUACCGGAAAGUAAACCGUUUGAAGACCACAAAUCCAGAAACGAUUCUUCCAGAAUAUCUGCAACGGGAUUAUCCAACGUUCAGUCCGUUUUGGUUCUUCCCAGUCUAAAAUCUGGCGAUUUGAGCAAUUUGCUCAAUGAAAUUGAAGACCAUUAUUAUGGCAGGGACGAAUGUUCAAUGCAGGAGUACGAAGUUAUGAAGGAUAAUCUUCUACUAUACAAUCACGCAAAACUGAUGUCGGAGAAUCAGAGCAAGGAUUAUUUGCUUUCCAUGAUGUUUUCGCACUACGACAAGAAUAACGAUGAGCAUUUGGAAAAAUUCGAGUUGGAUCAGGUUUCGGCUGAAGACCAGGAUUUGGUGAACGUCAUCAAUCUAACCAGUGGAUGUUCGCUGGCGAGUAUGAUAGAAUUCGAUGAUACCGACAAAGACGCCAAACUCAGCAUCAACGAGUUUUCAGUAGCGAUGAGCAAACUGUAUAGUGUUUCCGUUGUUUCCCUGGACAAAGCGUUGGAAGUAAACCAGGUAUCAGCUCGUUUGGGCGAUAACGUGGAAUUGCACUGUGCUGUUACCGGAUCCCCGAUUCCUCCGGUUCUUUGGCGCCGGCAUGGCCAAGACUUGGCAAUCUUAGACCAGGAAGACGUGAAAGUUUACGGCGAUGGAAGCCUGUAUUUGACCAAAGUCCAGCUGCAACAUGCCGGAAAUUAUACAUGCAGCGCGCAAAGGAAUCCGCAUGUUGUUCAAACUCACAUCCUCACAGUUCACACCUUGCCCGAAGUGAACGUUAUGCCAAAGAUUCAGUCGAAGAAACCUGGAGAAGACGCGCAAAUGUUUUGCCAUGUGUCUGGGGAACCGUUCCCGCAGGUUAAGUGGCUUAAGAAUGAUGAGGAGCUGAAAAUCGAUGAAAACUCGAAAAAGUAUCAAAUCAUCGGGAAUGGAACAUCGCUGAAAAUUAGGAAAAUCGAUUUUGCCGACACAGGAGCUUACAUGUGCGAAGCCACCAAUGUAGGCUCUGUUGAUGAAGAACACCGGUUUUUUGCAUUUCACGACUGGGGGAUUUGCGUGUAUGAGCCGACAACUUGCCGCCUCCAUCACAUGAUUGAGGGAACCGAUAUUAUUCCUGGAACUCAGGAAUAUGUAUGUGGUGGUCGGGGAACUUCAUGUUCAUGGGGAAGGGCGGUAGCGAUUUCCAAUCGGUACAUUUACGCUUCUCAACCCACUCUGGAUAGAAUCCUGAUUGUUUCCACUGUGCAAAUGGCUGUGGUUGAUGUUGUUGGUACCGAUAAAGUCCCAGUGGAACUUGGGAAAGUGCUACAUUUGGACCAACUGUGGCUCUUGAGCUGGCGCGAAGGAAAUGACACAGGGAUAAAAACCGUUCAGGUUAUCAGGGAUGCCGGACAAAAGAGGAAGCACCACACCGUUCAUCCAGAGCCGAUAGAUGGACAGUUCGAUAUGGUGAAGGAACUGUUUUUGCCGUCAUCUUUUCAGGAGAUUUCACAUUACACUUAUAAAUAUGGAUACGUAACUCACUCUAACCAACGAGGCUUGUAUAAAUUGGAUUUGGAAAACUUGAGAUACACCAGAUCUGUGGAUUUAACGCCUUAUAACUGCGUUCCGGAAGAAAUUCAAUUUUCAGCUUUAUAUGGAUUCGUUUUCAUGGAAUGCAAAGAACCGGUAACCAGAAAACCAACCGGGCAACUUGUUUUGGAUUAUUUAACAGACGCUGUUAUAUCCACAUCUGCCACUCUUUUUGGAAGACCCUACAUUUCUCCGGAUUCGCGAAAGUUGGUAACUUUCGAUCGAACUCCCACUGGCUCUACUUUAAUCGUGCAAGAAAUUAAAGGGCACGGUCUCGAGUUUCUGUUCGAUGUGAAAACCACUCUGAACAUCUCAGAUAUCACUUUCUAUCCGAGUCAAACCACGCACAGCUACGAUUUGUAUGCUAGCGGACAGAACAAAGAAGAUUUGCUGUUUGUUAAUCUGAAUACUGGAAAAGUGGAAAUUAUCACUGGAGUGGGAAUAGCAUCAACAACAUCCACAUGGAACAACCCAGCCAGGCCCAUAACAACUGCUGGUCGAUUUGGAGCCUUCCUGGCCAGUCCCAGUAAUCAUGCUCUUUUUAUUAUCAAUGGACAGUCCAGGACUGUAAAUUGCGAAAUUAGCGCAGUCGCCAAACCCUCGCAGAUCGUAUGGAUAACUCAGAUAUAUCAUUAGAAGUUAUGUUUCUAGGACAGUGUUGUAUAUUAUUUCUAUAGCAUCAAAAGCUCAAUUUUCUGAAGCAAUUCUUCAUUUGCAGGGUUUUUAUUAACUCCAUAAUACUCAGCAGCCGCAGAAAUUGAAAAGAUAAAUCAUUAUAAUAUUUUUGCAUAUCAACUUGGCAUUCCAUUUACUUAUCAGUGUGUACAUAUUAACGCGGUCACUUAACUUAUGGGAAGAAAAUGUAUUGUUAAAGUAUUUACAAUUUCUAUGAAAUGAAACAUGAAUAAUCUAUAAGUUUUAAAUUAGGUGGGUAUCGUAGGGAAUAAGAACAUUUAUCACCGUUUCCAAAUUUAUAAACUUAUGCUUGAACGACUUACUUAUAAAAAUAUUUAAAACACCAUAACUUAUUUAUGAUUGAAAAAUAAAAGAAUUGUUUAACAACGUGCUUAAGUUAGUUUUGCAAUUGAUUGGUCAAAUGUUUAGAUCAUGUAUGUUCAAACUCGUACCUAUUCAUGUAUAUAAAUCUAUUCUGACAAGCUUUGCUGUAUACAUGGCAUAGAAUAUUUUUGUGAAAAAUUAGGUAUUAACAUUUUUAUUCCUGUUAAAUGAUGUCUAAAGCUAAGUUGUAGUUAAGUAGAAGUUGCAAUUGAUCAGACUGAUUCUUUUCAAGCAGAUGAGAAAAACAACAAAGUGUUAUAUUUUGUUUAUCCGUUUAUAGACUAGACGUAAAUAAAGCCAAAAAUGUUUCACUUACUAUUAUUAGUUGGAAACUAAUCUAUUAAUAAACUACGUUAUAAAUAUGUAUAAAAUAGGUAUGUUAUAAAUGGCGAAGUGUGUAGGUUUUUCUUUCAAAUUUGAAAUUAUGCCAGAGAAACCAAGUUUAUGCUUAGCUUUAUUAGUUAAUUGUAGUCGACAUCACAUAGGAAAAUGUUUCUGAUGUUCAAAUUAUGAUAUUGUUUUGCUAAAAUAAAUCUACAAUUAA